CACGUGUCACCUUACCGUUCUGAAAUAAUGGCACUCGCUGAACAGGCGUGUUACACGCUAAUCAACAUUCCCGACGACGGCGAACCUCCGACCGAGCAGUCCUUGAAGCAAGACUUUCAAAAAGGAAGUGUUAAAACAAGAGUAAAGGCUUUGAAGAAGACCAUCCAGAUGAUUUUGAAUGGAGAGAAGCUGCCAAGUCUACUGAUGCCAAUCAUUCAGUAUGCCCUUCCUAUGGACGAUCACACGUUGAAGAAACUGCUGCUGAUAUACUUCGAGAUUGUUCCGAAAACUCAAGUCGACGGCAAGUUGUUGCACGAAAUGAUUCUCGUGUGUGAUGCGUACCGCAAAGAUCUUCAGCAUCCAAACGAGUAUGUGAGAGGCUCGACGUUAAGAUUUUUGUGCAAGUUGAAGGAGCCGGAGUUAUUGGAGCCACUCAUGCCGGCCAUUAAAGGCUGCUUGGAACACCGUCAUGCUUAUGUUAGGAGAAACGCAGUUUUAGCGAUAUACACGAUAUACAAGAGUUUUGACUUUUUGAUAUCGGAAGCUCCCGAGCUGAUGCAAGACUUUUUGGAGAAGGAGCAAGAUGCCUCGUGCAAACGAAACGCUUUUAUGAUGCUUAUCCAUGUUGACCAGGAAAGGGCGUUGGAUUAUCUCUCGACUUGUAUUGACCAGGUGCACACGUUUGGUGACAUUCUGCAGCUUGUGAUUGUUGAGCUUGUUUACAAGGUUUGCUUUGCUAAUCCUUUGGAGAGGGCUCGUUUCAUACGCUGCAUCUACAACUUGCUUAACUCUUCAUCUGCUGCUGUUCGGUAUGAAGCAGCCGGGACACUAGUCACGUUGUCGUCGGCUCCUACAGCUGUGAAAGCUGCUGCAUCAUGCUACAUUGAUCUCAUUGUGAAGGAGAGUGACAAUAAUGUGAAAUUAAUUGUGUUGGACAGGCUUCUUGGUCUCAAAGAGAAUCCCAUACAUGAAAGAGUGUUGCAGGACCUUGUGAUGGACAUUGUUCGUGUGCUGUCUUCUCCUGAUCUUGAAGUGAGGAAGAAAUGUCUGGACUUGGUGCUGGAUCUUGUCUCAUCAAGGAAUGUGGACGAGGUGGUGCUUGUUCUCAAGAAAGAAGUGACCAAUACCAUGAAUGUGACUGGUCAAGAUGACGUUGGCAACUACAGACAGCUUCUUGUGCGAACUCUCCACUCAUGCAGUAUCAAAUUUCCUGAUGUUGCUCCAACUAUCAUACCCGUUUUGCUUGAGUUUCUCAGUGAUACGAAUGAAGAUGCUGCUGCUGAUGUGCUCGUGUUUGUCCGUGAAGCAAUACAAUGCUAUGACUCUCUGAAGCCGACAGUUCUUAGUAAACUGUUGGACGAAUUCCAUAGAAUCAAAUCUGUGAGAAUCCUUCGGGCUGCAUUGUGGAUUCUGGGUGAAUACUGUGUUACUCUUCCUGACAUUCGUCAUGUUAUGGAUGAGGUCAAGAAGUCACUGGGAGAGAUUCCUAUUGUUGAUUCUGAGUUGAGGAAGGCUGCUGGUGAGGAGAAAGAAGGUGAGGCUCCUAUUAGCCCAACUGGUACUUCAUCUCGUACUCUGGUAACUGAUGAUGGGACAUAUGCAACCCAGAGUGCAUACACAGCUGCUACAUCAACCAAGAAAGAUGAAGAAAGGCCACCACUGCGUGGCUUUUUGCUUGAUGGGGAUUUCUUUGUUGCUGCUGCUCUUGGGACGACUCUUACUAAGCUUGCUCUACGGUUUAUGUCUCUCGUCACUGAUCCACAGAAGCAGAAUACUUUCUGUGCUGAUGCAAUGCUGGUCAUGGCAAGUGUUGUUCAUUUUGGAAAAUCUGGAUUGCCAAAAAAGGCUAUUACUGACGAUGACUUGGAUCGGCUGAUGUUGUGUAUCCGAGUGUUGUGUGAUCGAUCAGAUCUGAUGGUUGAAGUCUUCAACGAGCAAUGCAGAGACUCACUGUCUGCUAUGCUGACAGCCAGGCACCAAGAAAAGGCAACCGACAAUCUGCAACUCGAAGAUCGGAAGAAGUCUGCAAACAGCGAAGAAGCAGAUGACCCCAUUGUAUUUUCUCAACUAGUCGCUAAACAGGAUGGAGGAGUAUUAGAGAAUCAGUUUGAAGUGAGUCUUCUACAAGCUGUUGGAACAGCACCAAAGAAAGCAGAGACGGUCACAGCUAAGUCUCAACUCAGCAAGGUUCAUCAGCUUACUGGAUUUAGCGAUCCUGUCUAUGCUGAAGCAUACAUCCAUGUCAACCAGUUUGACAUUGUGUUGGAUGUGUUGGUUGUGAAUCAAACUGCCGACACUUUGCAAGGGUUAACAUUAGAACUGGCAACUCUUGGAGAUCUGAAAUUGGUGGAAAAGCCAUCAUCAUUGACUAUGGGUCCUCAUGACUUUUGCAACAUAAAGGCUUCUGUGAAGGUUGCCUCGACAGAAAAUGGAAUUAUAUUUGGCAACAUUGUGUAUGAUGUCUCUGGUGGUCAGUCGGAUCGUAACUGUGUUGUACUGAAUGACAUUCAUAUUGACAUCAUGGACUACAUUGUGCCUGCAAGAUGCACAGACACCGAGUUCCGAAAAAUGUGGGCUGAAUUUGAAUGGGAAAACAAGGUCACUGUCAAUACAAACAUUGCUAGCAUGUCUGACUAUCUCAAGCAUCUCCUGAAGUGUACAAACAUGAAUUGUCUCACACCCGAAAAGGCAUUGUCGGGCGACUGUGGCUUUAUGGCUGCCAAUUUGUAUGCAAGGAGUAUAUUUGGAGAAGACGCUCUUGCUAACUUGAGUAUCGAGAAACCAGCAGAUGGUGGAGCACAUGCCCCGGUCACUGGUCACAUCAGGAUUCGAGCAAAAAGCCAGGGUAUGGCAUUGAGCUUGGGCGACAAGAUCAAUUUGUCUCAGAAGGUGCAGAAGUGAUGGACUGUAGAAUUGUGUGCACUUUGUUUCUUGUGGAUUUCUGUGUAAAGACUUGUGUGUAUGUUUCUGGUGCGAUGAGGCUUGUUCACUGCUCAGAUGCGGUCAUUGCUAUACUGAAAGGCAAAAAGACACAGCAAAUAGCGUAGAGAGAUCGCAGAAACGUGUGAUUGCCAACAUAUUAUAUGUUUCCUCAUCAGCA